AAGAAAAAAACAGAUACAAAGGACAGAAUAAAAAAAGAAAAGGGAAGGGCAAAGGAAAAGGAUGAGGUUAUUGAUGACACCGUCAAUGAAAAUGACGAUAAUGCUGUAGAUUCAGAUGACGAGAGUACGAUUUGUUUAGAGUGCACUGAAUCCUACGUCGAUAGUGUUCCAGGCGAACAAUGGAUUCAGUGCGUAACUUGUAAGUUAUGGGCUCAUUCCAAAUGU